AUGUGGCUAUUGGUAAAAUUGUGGAAUUGUCCAUUCUUUAAAGAGUAUUAUGAAUCAAACUGGGCUAAGAAUGCAAUGUUAUAUGAAAAUGUGGAAGAGUUUGUCACAAGAAUUGAAAGAAAGAAAAUAUUUGAUCCUUUCUCAUUAAUUAAAUUGAGAAGCAGUGGAAUAACUUCUUAUAGAACUAUUUGGAAUAAUUCAAAUGUUGAAUUUCUUGAUGCAUUUGGAAGAAGAUCUGAAAGAAGAAAGUGGAUCUACUGUAUUGAAAAUAUCAAAAUUUUGAUCUACACAGUCUCCCUUUCAGAAUUUAAUUUAGUGGAGUAUAAUAAUGUAGAAGUGAUGAAUGAUUCUUUGGAAAUGAUAGGAAAAUUGUUUGGAAAUGGGCUUCUUUCUGAUGCUCGUAAAGUAAUUCUCUUUACAAAGCCAGAUAUUCUGGUAAAGAAAUUGCAGAAAAGAAUGGAAUAUAGUAGGAAGAUUAAUUCAGUUGUGAGGCCAGAAUUGGAAAUAAUUUCAAAUGAUUACAAUGAAAGAAUAGUUAUUAAUUCCAUCAUAACAGAAUAUUUGGAAAGAGUUUCAUUUCAUCUCGAUUCUUAUCAUAUUGUUAAUGUAACUUCAGAAGAAGAAGUAAGAUCAGUUACUGAACUAAUCUUUGAUAAUGUCACCACUCCUUUUAUUUCUCCAUGUUUACUUCCAAUCACCAAUAGAAUGAUAACAACUAUGUAUAAUAUUUAUCUGAGGAAAUUACUGACUGACAUUCAAAUCAUCACAACAAUUAAUGAACUAUCUCCAUAA